AUGUCAGACUUGGUGGCCAAGCUCAAAGCUUCGUGUGACCGAUGUGCGGCGGACAAGGUCAAGUGCGGGAAACAGCAUCCCUCGUGUGCAAGAUGCAUACAAACAAACCGAGAGUGCGUCUACAGCGUGUCACAACGAGCGGGAAAACCAUCACAGGCUAAGCUGGCGGUCCGACGAGAGCUCGCUGCCUGCGCCGGCGUGCCACUGAUCAGCGCCGACGCGUCAACAAGGCAAGGGAGCGCUGCUGGUUCGCCGAGCGCAAUGCAGGUCGCCGUCAAUACCGAACUAUCGAAUGCUACGUCGGACUUUUGGCAGUGCAGGGACCUGAUGCUACCGAGCCUACCAUGGCAGGAGGAGCUUGGAGUAUCAGGCAACUUGGGAGCCGCCCAUCAUUCGCCAGCAGCGUAUUAUGACCCGUGUGCCGCAUUGACGGGAGCCUCACUCGGCACUACAUUAUCGGGAACCACACAGUUCAGCCUUGCCACAUCACAACAAGCAAUUACCCUUUCGGAAACAUUAAUGGACGCGGCUUGUGGCGAAUUUUCCAUGUCUGCGCCAAUGUCGCCGAAAUCAUCUGGUCGCUCGUCGGCGACAUUGGACGCUGCCCUGGGGCCGCCUUGCUGCGAACCGACUGAGGUUGCGAAGCAGCUGUGCGACAUUGUUGAGCUUGGGCAGGCCAAUGCCAUGACACUGGACACGUUGCUACACGAAAUCGUCACGCUCUCGCAGAAGGUUAGCAGCCAUUUGCGGUGCUCGUGUGCGCGGGACAGUACUGUUCUCAUGAUGCUGGCGGCCAGCGAGUGCGAGAUUCUCGACCUCUACCAGGCGAUAGCAGACGUCAAGCCCUGCUAUCCUUUAUCCAGCGGGCGGGCCAUCCGGCAGCUAAGUCUUCGUCACAGCGAGCUCUCGCUGGGCAGUUUUAAGCUCGACGAGAAGAUGUCGUCUGCAGUGCGGGACCAAUUGGUCCUGAGCCAGCUUCACGACAUGAUAGGGAAGUGGGAACAGUACGUUGACCCUUUGUCAUAUGAUAGGAAGAAGGCAACUGGAGAGGUGAAACUGUCGGUUGUGAUUACAAACUUGGUACUCUCGCGGCUGAACUCGACGGUGGAUGAGAUUGAGUCUCGGCGGAGGGGGUCGUCACGGGGGAGCUAG